AUGGCGACACAGUCAACAUCGGGCCGGCCCGCACCCGCGCCGUUUGUUGUAGAGCCAACCGCACACCACACCCACACAUUCAUCCUCCUCCACGGCCUUGGCUCCAAUGGCGAGAAAUUCGGCCGUGAGCUUCUGGAGACGGGGAUCGGCUCUGAUGGCCUUGGACUGCCAUCUCGGUUUCCCGGAGCAAAGUUCAUCUUCCCCACAUCCCGGCGCCGGCGCUCGACGGCGUUCCGCCGGUCCAUGCUCACGCAGUGGUUCGACGUCGCAUCCCUCGACGACCCUUCCGACCGCAGCCACAAGCAGCUCGCGGGGCUGCGCGAGUCGUUUGCCGAGACUCUCGCCGUCGUGGAGCAAGAGUGCGGAGACGCGGGCAUCCCAAGACAGAACAUUAUCCUCGGCGGGCUGAGCCAGGGCUGUGCGAUGGCGCUCAUUUGCCUGAUCGCACUCGAGCGACCCAUUGGCGGAUUUGUCGGUAUGAGUGGCUGGCUACCGUUUCAAAAAGAGAUUGAAGCAAGAGCAACUGCUGGGGACGGGCCGCAGCUUGAUGAUGUAGUUCUUAGUGGAACGGACGAACGGUGUUCUGUCUCUGCGGGGGCAGACACGGAGAAGCAAGACCACGGCAGGUCCCUGGCUAACAGCAUAGACUACGUACGGGAGCUGCUGCAGUUGGACAAUGUCUCUGACGGCGCGCACACGGUCCUAUCAACCCCCGUAUUUCUUGGCCAUGGCGAGGCCGACGACAAAAUCAAGGUUUCGCUGGGCGAAGCAGCACACCGCACGAUGGGCCGGCUCGGAUUCGAUGUGCAAUGGCGGGCCUACGCGGGGCAGGGCCACUGGUAUAGAAUCCCAGACGAGAUCGACGACGUUGUGGCAUUUGUCUCUGUAAAGUGUGGGUGGGCUGGUGACGAACAGCCGGGUACGUAG